UUUUGUUUUCCCUUUGCCUGUAAACAACACAAACGUUGUCUGUACUCUGUACUAUGUUAGGUAAUCUAAUCACAACAGAAAAAAAACAACCAGCUUUUAAAGUCUUUAUAAACCCCAUAAAUCCCCAUUUUUGUUGCCAACUUCAAGAAAUGGCCAAGUUUUUGUUUCUAUUUUCUACAGUCAUACUCUCGUUCUACUACGCCUCGGUAUGUUCAGCAACUGUUUACACGGUAGGCGAUAACUCCGGCUGGGAUAUCAGCACGGACGUCAAUUCCUGGGCAAAAGACAAGUCAUUCUCUGUCGGGGAUACCUUAUUGUUCCAAUAUUCGCAGUAUCAUACAGUAAACGAGGUGAAAAGGGAUAAUUACGAGGGGUGCAACACGACCAACAACGUAAUACGAUCGAGUAGUAAUGGGAACGCAUCGUUUGCUCUAACGGGGCCCGGUGAAAGGUACUUUGUCUGUGGGAAUCGAUUGCAUUGUCUUGGAGGAAUGAAACUUCAUGUCACUGUACAUGGUAACCAGGUGGCGGUAGCACCUGUCGGGGCACCUCAGUCACAGCCAGGGGGCUCUCUUCCUCCUCCGGGAUCUUCUGGAACCAAUAAUUAUUAUAAUCCUUCAAAUUCGUCUUUUCUUUACAGGAUUGAGAUUGAUAGUAUUGUCCUGGGAUUUUUGGUGUCAUUGGUUUUUUUCUUACAGGUUAUCUGAGUGUCUGGAUUUGCUUGUGGUUUAAAUUGUCUGAGAUUUAUGAACUAUGAUGCAAUGCAGUUACACUAGAAACUCGAUAAAUUAAUAACCUCGCUUAAAUAAUAAUUUAUUUUGAUCC